AUUUUUUCUCGUAUUGUUUUUUUUUUUUACCGGUCAUUUACCUCUCCUUACCCCGUUAAUUGGUCCAUUGUAGUUACGGAUGCCGUCUUCGCUGUAUUCAUUGCAGUGUUUGAGAUUGACUGUAGUUCAUUAUCAGUAGUAACAGUGACGAAACAUACUCUGUGUUUAGUAGGAUAAGCGCCGUCGUCACUACUGCUGCCGGUCUCAUUUUGCCAAUUUCAAAACAAAAAAAUAAAUCCGUACCAGUCGCUUUUCUAUGAGUCGCCGUCCAUGUUGUGUUUGUUUUCUUCAAAAUACCAUUAGUUGUUAUUAAGUUAUACGAUUUUUCUAUGUUUAUGUAGUGAUUUCUAAUUUUGAAGAAAUAUUAAAUGCAAUUUUUAUUAUGAAUGUGCUUAAAUUUGAUUUAGUUUAGUUAUAUAUUUUGUAUAACUGUGAAAGUGUGAUGUUAACCUGAAAAUAUAACUUUAGUCAUGCGGUGACCUGGGACUGCGGUCCGGUCGCUGCGUAUGGUGACCAAUGAGUUGAUGUAACUCAAAAGGAAUAUUUAGAAUCUGCAUCAACUAGCAUGGAUUUUGAAACUGACCAAAGCUUAAAAGAUUGGGCUAAGGAUAAACCACUUAGUAUUCUCCAAUUGGAUCCGGCUGACAGAGCUGUACUCCGCAUAGCCGAUGAAAGAGAUGCCAUACAAAAGAAAACGUUUACGAAAUGGGUGAACAAGCAUUUAAAAAAGCAUUGGAAAUUCUCAAAGGAAAACGCAGUAGAAAAUAAUUGUGCGUUUCAGACAAGUCCGUGCUCGCCACAGGCGGGUUCUAGUUGUCUGUGUGCGAACCGACACGUGGGCGAUCUGUUCAUCGAUUUGCAAGACGGUCUAAACUUGAUAUCGCUGCUGGAGGUGCUGUCCGGCGAUCAGUUGCCCAGGGAACGUGGCAAACUCAGGUUUCACAUGCUACAAAAUGUUCAGAUGGCGUUGGAAUACCUUCGUUUCAAAAAGAUCAAGCUUGUGAAUAUCCGGGCGGAAGACAUCGUGGAUGGCAACCCUAAACUAACGUUGGGUCUCAUUUGGACCAUCAUACUUCAUUUCCAGAUAUCGGAUAUUGUGGUGGGUGAAGAACCCAACGUGUCGGCAAGGGAUGCCUUAUUGAAAUGGGCUCGAAAGUCAACCUCCAAGUAUCCGGGAGUGCGCGUGUCAGACUUCACGUCUUCUUGGCGCGACGGCAUGGCUUUCAACGCAAUCAUUCAUAGGAACAGACCCGAUUUGGUAGAUUGGCGCACUGUGAAAAACAAGACGGUUCGCGAACGUUUGGAGUCGGCUUUUUAUACUGCUGAACGCGAAUACGGUGUUACCAGGCUGUUGGAUCCCGAAGAUGUGGACACCCACGAGAUCGACGAGAAGUCUAUUAUCACUUAUAUAUCUUCGUUACAUGAAGUUUUCCCCGAUCCCCCACGCUUACACCCUCUUUAUGAUUCGGAUUCUCAACAGCGUAUCUCGGAGUACAGGGAAAUCGCGACGUCGCUCAAUCGUUGGAUGCGUGAAAAGUUAUCCCAUAUGUCAGAUCGUAACUUCCCAAAUACGUUAAUAGAUAUGAAAAAGUUGGCCUCUGAGUCAACUAGGUUCCGUAAUGAAGAACUACCACCUCGACAUCGCGACAAACAACAUCUUGUUCAUUUGUACAAAGAUCUCCAGAAAUAUUUUGAUGCGGUUGGUGAAGUGGACAUCGAACCCGAGUUACAAGCUGAUUCCAUUGACCGUACGUGGAACCGUCUGAUGAUGACUUACCAAGAUCGAGAUUCGGCCAUUCAAGAAGAGAUUAAGCGGUUGGAACGUUUACAACGAUUGGCCGAAAAGGUACAUCGUGAAGCCAAGCGUACUGAUCUUAAGUUAGACGAGUUAGAAACGCGUAUCGUGGAAGAAGGCCGCCGUGCUGAUAGACUUCAUCCGUUAGACGCAAAACACAAUGCUGAUCAAUUAGAAACCGAGCUUCGGCUGUCUGAAGACACUAUUCAGUCACUUUUUGUUGACGUGCAGGCACUUAGAGAAGGUCGAUAUGCUCAAGCACCAGAACUUCAAAAAAGGGUGGAAAAAUUACAUCAGAAAUGGGUAAAUUUACGUUCAUUGUUGCAUUCUAAAGUGCUUACGCCAUUAGCUUCCCUUUCGUUCCCAAUCGUUGAAGAACGUACAGUUACCAAACAAACUAGAACUAUUUUAGAAACCCGACUAGUCGAUACUAACACUCAUUUCCGCUCGUUACAAGAGUGCAUUGAUUGGUGUAAUAAUAAAUUGAAACAACUACAAGAAGCCGAGUAUGGUUCAGAUCUACCAAGUGUUAAAGCACUUUUGGAUCAACAUAAACGAGAACACAAAUUAAUUGAUCAAUUCCAUUCCAAAGUCGAACAGUGUAUAAAUGCCAAGAGCAACUUUCAUGGAGACGAAUUAGCUCUUUAUUCCCAGCACUUGAACACAUUGCAAAGAGUGUAUUCUGAUUUAGUUACCUUUUCUAAUAAACGGUUGUCUGAUUUGGAGACAUUGCAAGAUUUCUUACAGUCAGCUACCAACCAACUGAAAUGGUUAAAUGAAAAGGAAGAAAUCGAACUUAAUCGUGAUUGGAGCGACAAAGAUCUUAACAUUCCAUCUAUUCGACAAUAUUAUGAAAAUUUAAUGUCUGAAUUAGAGAAAAGAGAGAUACAAUUGAGUUCUGUUCAAGAUCGAGGAGAAGCGUUAAUCUUGCAAGGUCAUUCAGCAUCUAAAACUAUUGAGUCGUAUAUCACUGCAUUGCAAACUCAAUGGACGUGGUUGCUCCAAUUGACUUUGUGCUUGGAAACACACUUAAAACAUGCCACAUAUUAUCAUCAGUUUUAUACUGAUGUAAAGGAUGCUGAAAAUUGGUUAAAUAAAAGAGAUGAAUUGCUAAAUACUGUUUAUAGUCAGUCAGAAUUUAGCUUAGAUGAAGGGGAACGUUUGUUGAAAGGUAUGCAAGAACUUCGUGAUGAACUUAACAAUUUCAGUGAAGCUAUUGCUACAUUGGAUGAAAGAUCAAGACAGGUUGUGCCACUUAAACAACGUAGACUUCCAGUUACCAGACCAAUUACAGUCAAUGCUAUUUGUAGUUAUAAACAAAAUGGGAUAAAUGUUGAAAAAGGAUCUCAGUGGUUACUUCAUGAUAAUUCAGGCCGUGUCAAAUGGAGGGUAUCUAGAGGAAUGAAUCUUACUGAUGAUUGUAAUGUUCCAGGAGUAGUAUUUUUGAUACCUCCACCGGAUCAAGAAGCUUUAGAUGCAAUUGAACGUCUACGUAGAGCUUAUGACCGAACAAUUGCUCUUUGGCAACGCAAGCAAUUACGUAUGCGACAAAACAUGAUAUUUGCUACUAUUAAAGUAGUUAAGUCAUGGGAUCUUGCUCAAUUUUUGGCCAUGGGAGCUGAUCAGCGUAAUGCUAUUCGUAAAGCACUUAAUGAAGAUGCCAACAAACUUUUACGAGAAGGUGAUCCAGCUGAUCCCCAACUUAGAAGACUCAAGAGAGAAAUGGAUGAAGUUAAUAAAUUAUUUGAUGAAUUUGAACGUCUCUCUAAAGCUGAAGAAGAUGCUAAAAAUCUUACUCGCAUUUUUAAUGAACAAGCAAAAACUAUUCAACUAUCGUUAGAUGAGUAUGAACAUACUUUGAACACUAGAUUGAGUGCACCUAUACCAAGAGAUAUAGACACUUUAGAACAUCUUGUAAUUCAACAUAAAGAUUUUGAAACUUCUUUGAAGGCUAUGGGUCCUGAAGUUGAAGCAAUGCAAGCUACUUUUAAGAAAAUGCCAAAUAAGACACAUGCAUUGCAGGCUAAACAUGAUAAGAUCCUGAAUCAAUGGAAUCAAUUAUGGAAUUUGUCUCAGCUGUAUGUUGAGAGAUUGAAAUGUGCUGAAAUUACUUUAACUGGAAUUGAAGAAGCUAAUAAUACUAUUUCUGAUUUUGAGAUCAAAUUAGCAUCUUUUGGCGAGAUGCCGUCUGAAUUGCCGGCAUUAAAAUUGGUUCAUGAAGAUUUGAUAGCAUUACAAAAAAGUGUUCUACGCCAUCAACCAGCAAUCGAUCAAUUAGUUGAAGACAAAAAUAAUACUAGACGCUUGACUGAAAAAUCCAGACAUCAUUUGCCACGCCCUGUUCAUCAUGAUCUUGAUAGACUUGACAGUGAUGUUAAUCGUAUUGUAAAUAGAUGGAAUAAUGUUUGUAGUCAAUUAGUUGACAGGUUGAAGAGUUGUGAGGCUGCUUAUGACCUCCUGAGUAAAUAUAAAAACGCGUAUCAAAAUGAAGUUCAAGUUGUUGAUGAUAAUUUCCAAAAAAUGCAAGCAAAAGAUCUUACAGCAUCGACUCGGGCUUUGUAUAACAAGGUGCAGGAACAUAUUAAAGCAAUUGAAAGUGUCAAUGUGGAUGGUGGCAGAUUUAUACGAGAAGCUAAGAUUUUUGACUUGCGACUUCAACAUUAUUGUGCGUGGCUCGUUGAAGAAGUUCAUCCAAGUUUGGACGCCAGUAGUUACCAAAAAGGUCAAAAUAUGGAUCCCAGUGCGGGGGAAAUAGCUAUUUCACAUGAAUUGGACGUACUCAAUCAUAGGUUUCAAGCAUUACUUAACAUGUUAGUUGACCAGCUCAAAAAUUUGGCAUCAUUGAAUCUUGACGACCAUGAACUACAGGAGUUUGUCAAUAGUAUUGAGGUGAGGCCCUUACGCACAUUCAGAACAGAAUUCAACAUUUAUGAUACAGUUGCUGAGAUUUCAACAAAUGGUGUGAAUGGAGAACAGAUAUUAGCACAUAAAACGAAUGGUCUUCAGGCCACUAUGGGUAAUCAUAAUACAUCUUUACCUGCUGCUGAUUCCUCAGCUUCAUCAGACACUAGGUCAAUUUGGCAACGAAUGAAUGAAGGUGGUUUUGCUGAUGAUGAUAUAAUUAACACGCCUGGUAUUGUUCACCCUAAAUCUGGUGUAGUUUUAACUGUUGGUGAAGCAAUCCGACAAAGAGUCUUAGAUGUGCGUACUGGUCGUAUUGCCACUCAGCCUGAUUUGAAAUCUGGAUGGUUAGAUAUUGAACAGGCUGUUGAAAAGGGUUUGAUGCACAGAGCUUUAGCUGAAAAAUUACUAGGACCCUGUAUAAUGAGUGCUGAAAAUGGAGGUCCAUACAUGACAUUAUUGGAAGCCAUACAAAAGGAACUUUUAGAUGCUGAACGUGGUCCUAUGGAAAGAAUAAAGGUAAAAAAUGAGGAAUCACUUGAAUCUAGUGAGGUUAGGGGUGAGAUUUUCCAAAUGUUAAAUAAAAAAGUAACUGUAAAUAAUAAAGAAAUUACUGUGCUCGAUGCAAUUUAUCGUGGUCAUUUAGAUGAAUUGCAACUUGACGAAGAAGAAUUACUACUGCUGUCAAAAUUAAAUGGCCUUAAGCCAAAAAGUUCAAUUAAAGCAUUGUUAACUAAAACAUUAGAUGCUUUAAAAUUGAAUGAUGAUGCUAGAAUUGAUGUACCUUUUGAGGGAUGGGGUUUAUUUGAAGCAAUUGAACAAAAUUUAUUAGAUCCUAUAUCAGGUGUUUUCAUUGUACCGGGAACUGACCGUCUAGUGUCAUUCAAGGAAUGUAUUGAUUUAGGAAUAAUAAAUUCAGAGUCAGCUGUAGUAGUUGAUCCAAAGAAGGCAAGGACAUUAAAUUUAAAACAGGCUUUAAGAAAAAAUAUUUUAGAUAUGACAGGUCAUUAUCGAGGAACAACAAUGAAGGAAGCAAUUGAAGCAUAUUUUGUAUGUGAUCCAUUGGCUAUACCAGUAUUUGUGGAACUAGUUGAACCUCAAAAUAAUAAACAUAAAAAGGAAUACACAAGUAGUGUUAAACAUUCUUUUGUUGUACAAGAUUCAAUUACUGAAGAAGAAAUAGAUGAUAUAGACCAAUAUAAUUAUAGCAGUUUAAUAAAACCAGUUGUUUCUAUAUCACAAUUUGAUUAUGGGAUGGCUGGAAUAACCCCGCAAGCAAUGGCUGAAAAAUAUAAAUUGUGUGAUGACACUCUUACUGAAUACUUGAAUUGGAUUGGAGAAAUUGAAGAUAGGAUUGCAAACCAAGAUAUUGCUCAAGAAGACUUAGAUCAACUUCGUAACCAAAUAAAUGUUCUAAAAUUGAUCAAAGAAGAAAUUGAUUCUCAACUUCGUCCUAUUACUACAUGCCUAGAUCAAGUACGUCACAUAAUUGCUACUGGAAGUGAAUUUUUGUCUAGAGAAGAAGUGAACAAAGUAGAAAAGAAUGGAAAAUUAUUAAAAUCACGUUAUGAUCAUGCAAAUGAUCGCACUGAUAAACUUUUGCGACGUCUAGUCUCAGCCAAAGAUGAACUUUCUAAAUUUAAGUCUGAGCUUACUACAUUUACUACAUGGAUGGAUCGAGCUUAUCGCACACUGGAGGAAAAAGAACGCGCAUUGGCUAAUAUUAAUCGAUUAUCUGAUACAUCUUCUACUGAAUCUACCAAAGACUUUGUAUCUGAUGUUAUUGCUCACCAAGCUGAUCUUCGUUUCAUUACAAUGGCAGCUCAAAAAUUUAAUGAUGAAUCAAAAGAAUAUUUGACUUGCUUAAACGAAUUUAGAACUGGUUUACCAUCUAGGUUACCACAUAUUGAACCUAUUUCAUCACAUGAUAGUGUAGUGAAAAACACAGUUACCAGAGUAACUAAUAACUAUAAAGAUCUUUUGUCACGAGCAAAUGCUUUGUCAGAUAAAUUAAGUGGUCUUAGCUCUAAACAAAGAGAAUAUAGAGACGCUUUGGCUACAGCUAAAGCUUGGUUGAGAGAUGUUGAACCUCGAGCAGUUAAAAUAUUGAAUGAACCAAUUGGGGCUGAUUCAAGUGCUCUUGAAGAUCAACUUAAUCGAACAAGAACUUUAAACAAUGAAUUUUUGGGUCAAGCAAGGCUUAUUGAGAAUGUUAAACAAGCUGCUGAUGCAUUAGUUAGAUCUUUAGAAGGUCAAAGUGGAAUGAAAGAAAUUGAAGCAAUUCAAGGACCUGUUAAAGACCUAGAGGAUAAAUACAGGUCAUUAUGUAAUGGUUUAGCUGACCGUUUGUCUCAAUUAGAUACAGCAUUAGUUCAAUCUCAUGGUGUACAAGAUGCCUUAGAUUCAUUGUUACAGUGGUUAAAUGAUGCUGAGAAUUCUUUAAAGAACAUAACAAGACCAGUUAGUUUGCAUCCUGAACGUUUGGCUGAACAAAUUCGUGAAUAUAGACUUCUACAAUCAGAUAUUGAUACCCAUAGAGCAAGUGUUGACAGUGUUGCACAUUCUACUCAGGAGUUGAUGAUUAAUUCUAGUAAUCCUAGGUUGGCUAAAAAGAUUGAAAAUAAGCUCAAAGAUGUUACGAACAGAUUUGAAAAGCUUUUGGAUAGAACUGCUAAGCGAGGAGAGUUAUUAAAUGACAUCAAUCAAACUUUAUCAUCAUUCAAUAGUCAAGCAGCAAUGCUUGAACAAUGGUUAUCCAAUGCUUUAGAGAACUUCCAUGAUUUGCCUGAAAACAAAUUAGAUGAUUUGAUUGCUCAGAGAGACUCCCAGAGGCAAACCUUGGAUCAAACUGUUAGAGAUGGCAAAACUCUCAUCAAUAACAAAGAUGUUACUGAUACACCACCAGUGCGUGAUCGUGUGAAAAAUUUAGAAACUCAAUGGAAGAAUUUGAAUCAACUCUUAGAAGAGAAACAGAGAGUCUCAAAAGCUAAAGCAGAACAACUUCAGGCUUAUGAAAAACUAAGAGAUCAAGUAUUAGUUUGGCUGAAUAACACAGAAAAACGAGUAAAUCAACUAGAAAGUGUAGCUGUAGAUAUGAAUAUUUUAAAAAAUCAAUUAGAAGAACUUAAACCCAUUGCUAAAGAUCAUAGAGAUUACAGUAUUACAAUAGAUAAACUCAAUGAUUUAGGUGCUACUUUCUAUGACACAACAUCUUAUUCAAACUCUUUGCGUAGACGUAGUUCAGUAUCACCUACUAAACGUUUUUCAAUUGAUUCUCUGCGAAGAACUUCUAGGGAUUCUAAUAGAACUAGUUUUUCUUCGUAUAGCAGGAUUGAAGAUGGAUUAGAUGAUAGUCCAGUACAACAAGAAUUGAAUGAAAUCAAUAAUAGAUACAAUUUGUUGGGUGUAAGGAUAUCAGACAGACAAAACGAACUUGAUACUAUAAGAGAUGAAGUGAAGAGAAUGACUGAUAAUAUGAAAAUAUUAAAUCAGUUCUUAGACAGAACUCAAAAAUUGAUACCAAAAGAAAGUAUUCCGAUGAGUAAAGAAGAAUCAGACAAAGCAGUAAGACAAGUCAAAUCUAUACUCGAAGAAAUAUAUGAGAAGCAAUCUUUGUUGGAUAGUACUAAGUCUGGUGUUAAUGAUUUACUAAGAAAAAAACCAACAUCUUUAGGAGCUGAUAAACUACAUGAUGAGUUACAAAGCAUUACCACCCGUUGGAAGAGUCUAAAUGAUACUUGUAAGAACCGCAUACAACUAUUAGAAGAUUUAAAAGAUUUCCACGAUUCCCAUGAUAAUCUAUCUAAUUGGUUAGGGGCUAAAGAACGAAUGAUGAAUGUUCUAGGGCCAAUAUCAUCAGACUCUAGAAUAGUGCAAAGCCAAGUUCAGCAAUUACAGGUUUUGAGAGAAGAGUUCCGAACGCAGCAACCUCAACUUACCCAUUUAACAACUGUUGGAGAAAGUAUACUUAGUCGAUUACCAGAUCCUCAUUCACAGGAUGCUCAACGAUUGGCAAACAAAUUGGAUGCCAUCCGACAAAAGUGGGCUGAUUUAUUAAGCAAAUUAGAUGAAAGAGCAUCUAACCUUGGUGCUGCUGCAGAUUCUACUAGAGAAUUUGAUGCUGGUCUUGCUCGAUUAACAGGUGCUCUACAGAAUAUUUCUGACCAACUUGAUGAUUUAACAUAUGAUAAAGAUCCUGAAGAAAAGUUGAGGAAAAUACAGAAUUUAGAACGACAAUUGGAAGGUCAAAGACCUCUGUUAGCUGACCUUGAAGAUGCUGGAAAUCAUUUGUGUGAUGUCCUAGAUGAUCCGGCUUGUAAAGCUGAUAUUCAAUCAAAAUUGGCUGCUGUGAAUCGACAGUAUAAUAAUUUACAGAAGAAACUAGAUAACAAAAAAGCUGAAAUCGAAGGAUCUCUUAAGGAUGGUAGACAGUUUGAAGCUGAUUGUGCUCUAACACUAGGAUGGCUUUCAGAUAAUUUGGGAGGUUUAACUGAGCGGUUGUUGAUAUCUGCUGAUAGAGACAUUUUACAGCAGCAGGUAGCUCAAUAUGAACCUAUUUAUAAAGAAGUAUUGCACAAAGAACAUGAAAUUAUUAUGCUAUUAAACAAAGGUCGAGAUAUGCUAUCUCGUGCAGGACAAAAAGGUGAAAUUCGGAACUUACAACGUGACUUAGACAAAAUUCAACAAAAUUGGGAUAAAUUACGCAAAGAUGCUGUUGAGCGUCAUAACAGAUUACAAACAUGUAUGGAACAUUGCAGAAAAUACUACAGAGCACUAGAAUCAUUUACACCAUGGCUUACACAAGCAGAAAAUAAAUUGGAACAAAUUAAACCAAGUAGUUUUAAUAAAAGAGAUGUUGAUAAACAGCUUAGAGAAUUAGCUGCAUUUAGAAAUGAAGUUUGGAAACACUCUGGUGAAUAUGAAAAUGUUAAGACACUUGGAGAAACAUUCCUUGCCUCAUGUGAUGUUGAUAAGGAGCUAGUCAAACAAGAGUUAGCUUCUCUCAAGAAUCGUUGGGAUAAAUUAAAUAGUGAGUUAACUGAAAAAACACAAUGGCUUGAAGAUGUUUCUAGGAAAUUGGCUGAUUUUUCGGACAACUUAAGAGACUCUGAACAUGCAUUACAACGAUGUGAAGAUAAAUUAGCAUCACAUGAUUCUAUUGGAGGUGCUGCCAAUGAUCCAAAACUUUUAGAAAGAAUAAAGGCGUUACGCGAAGAAGCUAGAAAGUUGAGAAAUCCAUUAACAGGUUUAAGGCAAACUGCUGGUGACUUAGCAUCAGAAGCAGCCGAUAUGGGUAUAGGUGAUGCAACAAAACUUCAAGAUGAUGUAGAUAAUCUUAUGGAUAGAUUAGACGAUUUGGAAGGUAAAUUAGAUGAUCGUUGUGAUCAGCUCGAGUCUGCUUCAAGUGCUUUAGCAAAGUAUGCUGAUAAAGUUAAAACACUUGGAAAGAACUUAAAUGACUUAGAAGCUGAAUUUGAUGCAUUGAAACCACCUGGAAGAGACAUUAAAACAGUUACUGGUCAAUUAGAUGAAGUUGACAAAUUCAUUAAGAAACUUACUAGGGCAGGUGAUGAUAUUUCUCAAAUGCUUGAACUUGGUCAACGUUUAGAUAAUUCUUCAUCAAUGCGUGAUCAAGCUGAUAUUCUUUCUCGUCAAUUAAAUAAACUUGAUGAACGUGCAUCUAAUAGACAAACUGAUCUUGAAAAUGUGUUGGAAAAAUUACACGGUUUCAAAAACAAGUAUGAUAAUGUUUUGCAUGAUAUUGAUCAUGCUACUGAUGAAUUUAGAAACCUUAAACCAAUUGGCUCUGAUGUGGAAGCCAUUAAAUUUCAACAGAAAGAGUUUGCUGGAUUCAGAAAAAAUACUAUUGAACCGAUUGUGGCAUCUGUUGAUGAAGUCAAUGGCUUAGGUCAAAGACUGGUACAAUCUGCUGCUAGAGGUGUAAAUACCAGUGUACUUGAAAAAGAUCUGGAAAAAAUGAAUGACAAAUGGAAUACUCUUAAAGAAAAAUUAAAUGAAAGAGACAGGCGUUUGGAUUACGGUCUUUUACAAUCUGGUAAAUUCCAAGAAGCUCUUGAUGGAUUUGCUAAAUGGUUAGCCGACACCGAAGAACUGGUAUCUAAUCAAAAACCACCAUCUGCUGAUUACAAGGUUGUUAAAGCUCAAUUGCAAGAACAAAAAUUUUUGAAGAAAAUGUUAGCUGAUCGUCAAAAUUCAAUGUCAUCUAUAUUUGAUAUGGGCAAUGAAGUAGCAGCUAACGCUGACCCAAGAGAGCGCAGAGAAAUAGAGCAGCAAUUAAAGGAUUUAUCUCAACGUUUCAAUACUUUAGAUCGUGGUGCAACCAAACGUAUGGAUGAUUUGCAGAGAGCUAUGGUUGUAGCUAAAGAGUUUAUUGAAAAGUUGACUCCACUAUUAGAAUGGUUAGACAAAAGUGAAAAGAAAAUUAAGGAUAUGGAACUAGUACCAACAGAUGAAGAAAAAAUUCAACAAAGAAUAAAAGAGCAUAAUAAAUUACACAAUGAAAUUUUGGGUAAAAAUCCUGAGUUUACUGAUCUUACUGAAGUAGCUAGCACAUUAAUGGCUUUAGUUGGUGAAGAUGAGGCUAGUGGUGUUGCUGAUCGUAUCCAGGAAACAGCAGACCGUUAUGCAACUUUAGUUAACACAUCUGAAAAAUUAGGACAAUUGUUACAACACUCACGUUCAGGUCUUCGUCAUCUAGUUUUGACUUAUCAAGAUCUUCAGGCUUGGAUGGAAGGCAUGGAAAAUCGCUUGAAUAGAUAUAAAGUAUUGCCAGUGCAUACUGACCAACUAGCUCAACAAAUGGAAGAUAUUGCUGAUCUUUGUGAAGAAAUAUCUAACAAGCAAUCUGAUGUUGAUGGUACUGUUGAUUCUGGUAUGGAACUAAUGAAACACAUAACAAGUGAUGAAGCCAUUCAGCUUAAGAACAAAUUAGACGUAUUACAAAGACGUUACAAUGAUUUGGUGACAACUGGAACAGAUUUAUUGAAAAAUGCUGAAAGCAUGUUACCACUUGUACAACAAUUCCACAAUGCACACAAACGCCUUGGUGAUUGGAUGUUAUCUGCUGAGUCUCAACUACAAAUGGCUGAGCCUAAAGAAGAGGAUAUUCAUAAUUUAGAACUUGAUAUUCAAGAGUUCCGUCCUGUCUUGGAAAACAUCAACCAAAUUGGACCUCAACUUUGUAAAAUGUCUCCAGGUGAAGGUGCAUCUACAAUUGAAGGGUUGGUAACCAGAGAUAAUAGACGUUUUGAUGCCAUUUGUGAACAAAUACAAAGGAAAGCUGAACGUAUACAGUUGUCUAAACAACGUUCAUUAGAAGUUAUUGGUGAUAUGGAUGAUUUACUUGACUGGUUCCGUGAGGUAGAAAAUCAAUUGAGAGAUGCUGAACCACCAAGUAGUGAAGUUGAUGUUAUACGAGUACAACUAAAAGAGCACAAGGCCCUUAAUGAUGAUAUUUCAAGCCAAAAAGGACGUGGAAGAGAUGUAUUAUCUAUGGCCAAGAAAGUUUUAAGAGAAGUGGCUCAGAAUAAUGAUGCUAGUCUAAUGCGUGAAAAGAUGGAAGAUUUACGUGAAGUGAUGGACACAGUGUCAGCCUUAAGUGCUGAGCGAUUAAGUAUACUUGAACAGGCUUUACCAUUAGCUCUUCAUUUUCAAGAGUCUCACUAUGAUUUAUCUCGCUGGUUAGAUGAUAUGGAAAGACAAGUUCAAGUUUUAGCCAUGCCAGCACUUAGACCUGAAUUAAUUGCCCAGCAACAAGAUAAAAAUGAACAAUUUAUUCAGUCAAUAGCAGAACAUAAACCAUUAGUUGACAAACUUAAUAAAACAGGCGAAGCUUUGAUUAAACUAUGUAAUGAUGAAGAAGGAAUUAAAAUUCAAGAUAUUCUAGAUAGUGAUAAUGCUAGGUAUGCUGCAUUGAGAGCUGAACUCAGACAGAGACAACAAGCUUUAGAAAAAGCUUUACAAGAGACAAGCCAAUUUAGUGAUAAAUUAGAAGGUAUGCUUAGAGCUUUACAAAAUACAGCUGAACAAGUAUCUGGUGCUGAACCUAUAUCUGCUCAUCCUCCUAAAAUCCGUGACCAACAAGAAGAAAAUGAUGCAAUUGUUGAAGACCUUAACAAAAGAGCUAAUGCAUUCCAAGCUGUUAAAAAAGCAGCAAAUGAUGUUAUCAAUAAGGCUCCUAAUGCUUCUGAUCCUGCUGUUAAAGAUAUUAAACGUAAAUUAGAUCGUUUGAAUAGUCUGUGGAAUGAAGUUCAAGAUGCAACUAAUGAUCGUGGUCGUAGUCUAGAAGAAGCUCUCAAAUUAGCUGAAAAGUUCUGGGAUGAAUUACAAAACGUAAUGGCUACUCUUAAAAACAUUCAAGAUUCAUUGCUAUCACAAGAGGCACCAGCAGUGGAACCUGCCAUGUUAAAAAAACAAAAAGCCGUGUUAAAAGAAAUAAAAGCAGAAAUUGAUCAAACUAAACCUGAAGUAGAUCAAUGUCGUGCAAGUGGCCAAAAGUUGAUGAAAGUAUGUGGUGAACCAGACAAACCUGAAGUCAAAAAACAUAUUGAAGAUCUAGAUAAUGCUUGGGAAACUGUCACAGCUUUGUUUGCUAAAUGUGAAGAAAAUCUUAUUAGUGCUAUGGAUAAGGCAAUGGAAUUCCAUGAAACAUUACAAGACUUACUCAAAUUCUUGGAUGGAGCUGAAAGGAGAUUUGCAAAUUUAGGACCUUUAGGAACAGAUAUCCAAGCUGUCAAAAAACAAAUUAAUGAACUUAAAAAUUUCAAAUCUGACAUUGAUCCCCAAAUGGUAAAAGUGGAAGCUUUAAAUAGACAAGCUCAAGAACUUACUGAAAGAACAUCUGCUGAACAAGCAGCUGCUCUUAAAAAACCAUUAUCAGAAGUUAAUAGAAGAUGGGAAAAUCUUUUGAAGGGAAUUGUUGAGCGACAACGCCAACUUGAAAAUAGUCUUUUACAUUUGGGUCAAUUCCAUCAUGCUUUAGCUGAACUCUUAGCAUGGAUAGAUGCUACCGAUAAAACUUUAGACAGGGAUUUGAAACCAGUACCUGGGGAUUCCCAACUUCUUGAAGUUGAGCUGGCUAAACUCAAAGUUUUAGUAAAUGAUAUUCAUGCUCAUCAAUCUAGUGUAGAUACUUUGAAUGAUGCAGGACGUCAAUUGAUUGAAAGUAGCAAAGGUUCAGCAGAAGCUAAUAAUACACAAGAUAAACUCAAUCUCCUUAAUAAAAAUUGGAGAGAUUUAUUGCAAAAAGCAGCUGACCGUCAAUUAGAGUUAGAAGAUGCUCUUACAGAAGCACAACGUUUUGGGGCAGAAAUACAAGAUCUUUUGUCCUGGCUUGGAGAAAUAGAUGGUGUUAUAGCCACAUCUAAACCAGUUGGAGGUUUACCAGAAACAGCUAGUGAACAACUAGAAAGAUUUAUGGAAGUUUACAAUGAAUUGGAAUCUAAUAGGCCUAAAGUAGAAACAGUUUUAGCUCAAGGACAAGAAUAUCUUAAAAAAUCUCCUGGUUCUAGUAAUUUAGCUCAUAACUUAAAGAUUUUGAAACAACGAUGGGAUAGUGUUACAGCUAGGGCCAAUGACAAAAAAAUUAAACUAGAAAUAGCCCUAAAAGAAGCUACUGAGUUUCAUAAUGCCCUCCAAGCAUUUGUUGAUUGGCUCACUGAUGCUGAAAAAACUUUAUCAAACUUAAAACCUGUAUCUCGUAUUUUACCCACUAUUUUGUCACAAAUUGAAGAUCACAAAGCAUUCCAAAAAGAUGUUAGCUCACACCGAGAAGUUAUGCUUCACUUAGAUAAAAAAGGUACACAUCUCAAGUAUUUCUCACAAAAACAAGAUGUUAUUCUCAUCAAAAACUUGCUGAUCAGCGUUCAGCAUCGUUUUGAACGUGUUGUAUCAAAAAGUGCAGAAAGAACAAGAGCACUUGAUCAUGGCUACAAAGAAGCUCGUGAAUUCCAUGAAGCUUGGUCAGGCCUAAUGGAGUGGCUUAAUAACACUGAAAAGAAUUUGGAUGAUUUAGCACAAGACUCUACAGUUGGUAAUGAUCCUGAACGUAUUAAACAACGUUUAGCUAAACAUAGAGAUGUACAGCGUGCUCUUAGUGCUAAGCAAGGAACUUAUGAUUCAACAAUGAGAAUGGGUAAAAGCUUGAAAGAAAAAGCACCAAAGAACGACGAACAUGCUUUGAACAAAAUGAUAAAUGAACUAAAAGAAAAAUGGAAUUUAGUGUGUACCAAAUCUGUAGACAGACAAAGAAAACUAGAAGAAGCUUUAUUGUAUUGUGGACAAUUUAAAGAUGCCAUGGAAGCACUUUUAGACUGGCUGAGAAAAGCAGAAAAGAGAUUAACUGAUGAUGGACCAGUUCAUGGGGAUUUAGACACUGUAAUGGCAUUAGUUGAACAACAUAAGGCUUUUGAAGAAACAUUGUCUAAACGUCAUGACCAAAUGAGAACAGUUAAACAGACUGGAAAAGAUUUAAUGUCUAAAGCAAGUGCUAAUGAUCGAGCUGCUAUUCAAUCUCAGUUGGAUGAUUUAGAAAGUUUGUGGAACCGUACUAGUAAAUUAUGUAAUAAGCGCACAGAAAGAUUAGAAGAUGCACUAAGACAAGCUGAACAAUUGCACAAGUCAGUUCACAUGUUAUUAGAAUGGUUAUCAGAUGCUGAAAUGAAACUCCGAUUUAUUGGACCACUACCAGAUAAUGAGCAAGAAACUAGAAGUCAACUUAAUGACCAUAGAAAGUUUAUGGACGAAAUGUCUGAUAAAAAACAUGAAAAGGAUUCAACUGUUAGUCUUGCUCAGAACAUCUUAGAAAAAGCUCACCCAGAUGCUAUUAAUGUGAUAAAACACUGGAUUACAAUUAUACAGUCUAGGUGGGAAGAAGUAUGGUCUUGGGCACAACAGCGUGAACAAAAACUCCUCGAACACUUACAGUCUCUCCAAGACUUGGACUCUUUAUUGGAAGAACUAUUUUCUUGGUUAACUAAGUUAGAAAAUCGACUUUUAGACUUGGAAUCUGAGCCACUACCAGAAAGUAUUGAAGUAACAGAAAAACUUAUUGAAGAACAUCGUGAGUUUAUGGAAAACACUGCUAAAAGGCAAUCUGAAGUUGAUGCUGUUUGUAAGGCUAAACAACCUGCUGCACCAGCCGGCAGAAAGCCUUCAAUUCUUAAAAAAACAUCCACAGUCAGCCGUGAAGAUUUAGUUGGCAGUACCCAUGAUCUUUCUGAUCAACGUAGAUUCAGUCGAACUAGUACAGCUGUUAAAGACAAAUCUACAGACCAACUACCACAUAUUGGGCCAAGAUUCCCAGCUAAAGGAAGCAAAGUGGAAGAACCUUUAUUACGUAACUCACGUUGUCGUCAACUUUGGGAUAAAUGGCACAAUGUAUGGUUAAUGGCUUGGGAACGCCAGCGUCGACUUCAAGAACAUCUUAACUACUUAAAGGAACUCGAUAAAGUUAGAAACUUCUCUUGGGAUCAAUGGAGAAAGCGAUUCUUGAACUUCAUGAAUCACAAAAAGUCACGUCUCACAGAUCUUUUCAGAAAAAUGGAUAAAAAUAACGAUGGUUUAAUUCCAAGAGAUGAUUUUAUUGAUGGAAUAAUAAAAACUAAAUUUGAUACUAGUAAAUUAGAAAUGAAUGCUGUUGCUGAUAUGUUUGAUCAUGAUGGAUUAGGUCUGAUUGACUGGAAAGAAUUUAUUGCUGCAUUACGACCUGACUGGGAAGAAAAGAAACCAGAUACAGAAGCUGAAAAAAUUCACGAUGAAGUGAAACGAUUAGUAAUGUUGUGUACUUGUCGACAGAAGUUCAGAGUAUUCCAAGUCGGUGAAGGAAGAUAUAGAUUUGGUGACAGCCAAAAACUACGUCUAGUGCGUAUUCUACGAUCUACUGUCAUGGUACGUGUUGGUGGUGGAUGGGUCGCCCUAGACGAAUUUUUAGUUAAAAAUGAUCCUUGCAGAGUGGAAAUGAUGCCAAUGCCCAACCCAUUUAUGCCCGAUCAACACGAACCUUGGUGUCCUUACAGUAUGAUACAAUUGAAUUCCAAAGGACGCACAAACAUCGAGCUCCGCGAGCAGUUCAUAUUGGCCGACGGCGUGUCACAGAGCAUGUCCGCGUUCAAAUCCAAACACAACACUCAACAGCAACAGAGAUCUGGGUCCACUGCUGGACCCAUUACAAAGGUAAGGGAAAGAAGUGCUAGGAGCGAGCCAAUGGGUAAAAUGGGAGUUAACCGGACGGUUAAAACUCCCGACUCAUUGAGCGAUAAUGAAUCGUCACCAUACUCCAGAACGCCCAUUAGAAAGGGUUCAACACCAGUUACCAGAAAGUCAAGCAUAGGUGGUUAUACCAGUAGUCUUCCGGCCAGUCGUCCCGGUAGCAGACCACAAAGCCGUCAAGGAAGUAAACCUCCUAGUAGACACGGCUCCAACUUGUCGCUCGACAGUACUGAUUCGAACACUCCAAGUCGUAUACCGAGACUGACACCCGGAAAAACGUCGACUGCUCGUAAGACAAACGGACAGGUUAGCAGUAGAGGACGAUCGCCAGGUCCUCUUGCUAACCAAUCUACGACAUCAUCCAAUAGGUCCCUGUCAAUGCACAGGUCUUCGAGUAUACCCACGUUGUCUAACUCCAGCUCUAGCAGAAGCCACGGUUCAAAAAUACCCAUUUUUCUGGGGCAGCCGUCGUCACGCGAUUCGACUUUGCCAAUGGUGUCACCAAUGUCUUCGGCACCUUCUUCCGGAUUGCAAUCGCCUUUGGCAACACCUUCGUCAGCCAACUUGUCACGUAAGCCGUCCAAUGCGUCCGACACUAAGAGAAGAAAUUCUAAACCCGGAUCGGAUUCAUCAAGAGAACCAUUCCGACUAUAACCUGCCAAUGAUGUCGAUUAAUACGCGGAUUAACACAUUAAUUAAAGUUUUUUUUUUAUAUAUAUAAUUAUUUAAUCAAACCAAUGUUGAUUAAUCUCUUAAUUAAUCCUGUCUAGUUUAUUAAUUUAAAUUUAAUUUAAUUUAAAAGUAUUAAUUGUAUGUACGAUUUUGUAUUCUUUUGUUGUUUAAUCUUCUAAUUGAAAUCCAAUUUGUAUUUUUCAAAAAAUGUUUAAUUAAUUAAAACAUUGUUAGAUUCAAGUGCCAUUAUUUGAAACUAAAAAUAAAAAUUUUUUUAACCAUAUUGUAAUAAAUACGAUUUAAUGUAAUAAAAUUUGUUAUUUAUUGUAUUUGUAUUAUUAUUUUUUAUAAUUAAUUAUUAUAAUAUUUAUCAAUUGUAAAUAAAUUUCUGAUGGUUAAUGAAAGUUUCAAUUUUUAUAAGUGCCAAUAUUGUAUUAUUACGUUUUUCGAUUUUUAUUUAUUUUUAUGUAACAUGUAAUUUCAAUUUAACAUAAUAAGUAAUUGCGUACCUUACCAAUUGGUACUAUUACUGUAACAUUGAAAAUUAACCAAUCGUAACAAUAGAUAUUUUUUAACUAUAUUUAUAAUAUUUAAUUGUUUCCCCCGUUGUGGAUUAAAUAAAAUGUGCAAUUGUUAA